AUGACGUGCGGAUCAGGAUUCUGCGGCCAGGCCUUCAGCUGCGCCUCCGCCUGCGGGCCCCGGCCCGGACGCUGCUGCAUCACCGCCGCCCCCUACCGCGGGGUCUCCUGCUACCGCGGCCUCACAGGGGGCUUUGGCAGCCAGAGCGUCUGCGGAGCCUUCCGCUCUGGCUCCUGUGGACGCAGCUUCGGAUACCGCUCAGGCGGCGUGUGCGGGCCCAGCCCGCCCUGCAUCACCACCGUGUCCGUCAAUGAGAGCCUCCUCACGCCCCUCAACCUGGAGAUCGACCCCAACGCGCAGUGCGUGAAGCAUGAGGAGAAGGAGCAGAUCAAGUGUCUCAACAGCAGGUUCGCUGCCUUCAUCGACAAGGUGCGCUUCCUGGAGCAGCAGAACAAGCUGCUGGAGACCAAGUGGCAGUACUACCAGAACCGCAAGUGCUGCGAGAGCAACCUGGAGCCGCUGUUUGAGGGCUACAUCGAGACGCUGAGGCGCGAGGCCGAGUGUGUGGAGGCCGACAGCGGGAGGCUGGCCUCAGAGCUCAACCACGUGCAGGAGGUGAUGGAGGGCUACAAGAAGAAGUAUGAGGAGGAAGUUUCUCUGAGAGCAACAGCUGAGAAUGAGUUUGUGGCUCUGAAGAAGGAUGUGGACUGCGCCUACCUCCGCAAGUCAGACCUGGAGGCCAACGCAGAGGCCCUGACCGAGGAGAUUGACUUCCUGCGGCGACUGUAUGAGGAGGAGAUCCGUGUCCUCCAUGCCCACAUCUCAGACACCUCAGUCGUCGUCAAGAUGGACAACAGCCGGGACCUGAACAUGGACUGCGUCAUUGCCGAGAUCAAGGCUCAGUAUGACGACAUCGCCAGCCGCAGCCGGGCCGAGGCCGAGUCCUGGUACCGCAGCAAGUGCGAGGAGAUGAAGGCCACAGUGAUCCGUCACGGGGAGACACUGCGCCGCACCAAGGAGGAGAUCAAUGAGCUGACCCGCAUGAUCCAGAGGCUGAAGACAGAGAUCGAGCACGCCAAGACUCAGAAGAAAAGGCUUGGGGUCAACUUGAAGCAGCAGGGUGAGACAGCCAUCAGUGAUGCCCGCUGCAAGCUGGCCGAGCUGGAGGCCGCCCUGCAGAAGGCCAAGCAGGACAUGGCCUGCCUGCUCAAGGAGUACCAGGAGGUGAUGAACUCCAAGCUGGGCCUGGACAUCGAGAUCGCCACCUACAGGCGCCUGCUGGAGGGCGAGGAACAGAGGCUGUGUGAAGGCGUUGGGGCCGUGAAUGUUUGUGUCAGCAGCUCCCGGGGUGGAGUCGUCUGUGGGGACCUCUGUGUGUCAGGCUCUAGGCCGGUGACAGGCAGCGCCUGCAACGCCCCUUGCAGUGGGAACCUGGCUGUGAGCACCGGAAUGUGCGCUCCCUGCGCCCCCUGCGCCCCCUGCGGCCCCUGCAAUUCCAUCACAUCUUGUGGACUGGGCACUGGAGGAGUUGGGUCCUGUGGCAUCAGUUCCUGCGGCGUAGGCUCCUGUGUCAGCAGCUGCCGCAAGUGUUAG